AUGUCCCAUGCAACUAACAACAACCAAGAUCAAGCCCACGCCAUGAUGGCAUCUCUUGCUAACAUAAACAUCAAGGAAUGGUUCUUUGACAUUGGUACCACUCAUCAUCUUUCUCAAACCACCUCUCUGGACAAUUUACAAUCAUAUAAUGGCAAUGACAAGGUGACAAUUGGAAAUGGUACACAACUUCCCAUUCUUCAUACUGGCAGCUUCAUGUCCUUUCUUCACACUGCCAAGGAUGUGCUUAUCUUGUUAAUCUAUGUUGAUAACAUCCUCGUAAUAGGUAGUGAUCCUCAUUGUGCUUCUUCAUUUGCUUCUCGUCUUAAUGCUAUCUUUGCUCUUCGAGAUCUUGGUCGUCUUCACUAUUUUCUUGAAUUGGAGAUUAUGCAAGCAAAAAACUCAGUCCAUUUAAAUCAACACAAAUAUGUCCAUGAUCUUCUUCAACGUACCAGUAUGCUUAAAUCCAAGUUUGCUUCUACACUUGGUAUGGUUGGUCAAAAUUUAUCUAAACAUGAUGGAGAUUCUUUCCAUGAUGUCACACUAUAUCGGAGCACAUUUGGUGCUCUUCAAUAUCUCACACUCACAAGACCUGAUAUUUCAUUUGUUGUCAACAAAGCAUGUCAGUUUAUGAGUAGCCUCUCCAACACACAUUGUCUUGCUGUAAAAUGCAUCUUACAGUACCUCAAAGGCACUGCUUCUUAUGGUCUUUCCAUGCAACCGUCUUCUGCGUUGGACAUUCAAGCAUACACUGAUGUCGAUUGGGCUUUUUGUCUAGAUGAUGGAAGAAGCACUAGUGGCUAUUGUAUUUUCAUUAGACCAAACUUGGUUUCAUGGUCAUCCACUAAGCAAAAGAUUAUUUCAAGGAGCAAUGCGGAAUCUGAGUAUCAUGGACUAGCUACUGCCACUUCCGAGAUUGCCUGGAUUCAAUCUCUAGUCACCGAGUUGUCUUUCUUCUACAACACCACCACUUCUAUGGUGUGA